AUGUCAGGCCGCGGCAAGGGAGGCAAAGGACUCGGAAAAGGUGGUGCUAAACGCCACAGAAAAGUGCUGCGAGACAACAUCCAAGGUAUUACGAAGCCGGCUAUUCGUCGUCUAGCUCGACGUGGUGGAGUCAAGCGUAUUUCUGGUCUGAUCUAUGAAGAAACUCGUGGUGUGCUGAAAGUAUUCCUCGAAAAUGUGAUUCGUGAUGCUGUCACCUACUGCGAACACGCCAAACGCAAGACAGUCACUGCCAUGGAUGUCGUCUAUGCUCUCAAACGUCAAGGUCGCACACUCUACGGAUUUGGAGGAUAA